UCAAAAAAUUUCAAUGUCAAAUCCCAUUUCGCACGGGAUGAUAUCAUUCCGCGUAAAAAUGGAAAUAAAAACCGUUUAGUAACCAUAAAAAUCAUAUCAUGCGACCAUGGCGGACCGUAUACGCACUUUAGCCCGCACUCUCCGUUCGAAACUGAACAUGCCCGUGACAGCCACAUCCAGCCGUCAGAAGAUCGACGAUUUGAUCACCAAGUACAUGCCUGCUGAUAAGGUCGCCGAUUUCGCCGACAAGAUGAGGAAUGAGCCCAUAGGAACGAAGGUCAAAGAGCUGGUGGCCCGGUAUGAGAAGUUCACUGGAGUACAAGAGAUAAUGGCUAUUCAGAACACCGUUAUCGAGGCUCAGGAGCGCUUCGUCUCAGCCCAGGACCGGAGACGUGAGCUGGGACGUCAGUUGGCCAACAUCGAGGAGCGGCUCAAAGAACUCCACGCCGAGAUGCAGAGCACCAUGAAGGGCGAUGACAAAUAUCUGCAGCUCUGUACUGAGGAGCAUAAGCUCAUAAUCCAAGAGCGAAACCUCCGCACUCACUUUGCGGAAGCAGAGAGAGAGGAGAGAGAGCUCUUCGCUCGCAUGUCAGCCGCUGUCAAGUUAGGUCACGAGAGAGAGAGGGCGCACGCCGAGAGAAACAAGUAUUGGUACAUCGUCGCUUCUAUAUUCGGCACCGUCUUGGGUAUCGCCGGCUCAACCAUCAACAACCGACUCAAAAUGGCGGAGUUCCGAGACAUGAUGGAGCAGCAGAUGGCGCGCUCGGCCUCCGUGCUGUACACGGUGGCGGGCGGCGCUUCCGCCUCCCGGCAGGACAUCACUGAGGCUAUGAAAACCGAGUUCGCUUACCAGGAACAACUAGCAACCAACAUAGCGCAGAUGCAGGACAACAUCAACCAUCUAGUCAACAAACAGACGUCUCUUAUUGAACACAUAAACCAGCAAGAGCAUCACAUGCAAACACAAAUUCGCGAUUUAAAAAAACUGGUCGUCGCCGCGUCGCAGGUUAGCGCAAAAUCAGACGCCGAACUCGCCAAGGCACUAUCUGUGGUCCAUCAAGAUUUAGACGACGAUAUCAGGGAUAAGGAGGACACACAUAACAGAGUCAUAUUGGAGCCGCAACAGGUCAUAACGGGCGUUGGGAUUGUCAUGUGUCUCGCGAUUAUAUUGGGCAGCAUUGUUGGCAGGUCGUGAUUUGAAAUUGGGAUGUUAUUUCGAAUUUCGAAACAGUUUUUAAAAUUUUUGCAAGUUCGCAGGCGAAUGGUUUUCUUUUCAGACUAGUGCGUAGACUUCCGAAGUUGUGUUGUAGAUGAAUGUAUGCAACGGAAACCGGUUUUUCCAAACCGUUAUCAUAUACUUGGCGCAAAACCUUUUAAUUUCGGUUUCGCUCGAAAAACCGUAAUUUUAAAAUCGACUUUUAAAAGAACAUUUCCUUACAGUUCUUGUCAGAUCAACCGGUUUAGAAGAAUAAAAACCGGUUUCUUCCUAUUUCGGUGUCUAAAUUUUCACUGGCACACCACCAGCCCGGCCGGGCGUCUCGUCGCUCAUCGAAUAAACCGGUUUAUUUAGGUUACAAUAAAGUUCUUAAAACGUUUGCGUUCUUAUGAGCCUGUGAGCUUAUGAGUCGAAGGAAAACCGGUAAGCACCGGUAUUUUAUAAACCGGUUCCGAGCCUUGAAUGUAUGUUUUAGUCUUUUAGUGGGCUUGUUAGAUGGCGCUUUAACAUAAGCGAAAGUCAACCUGCCAUAUAAAAAAACUAUGUCUGAAUUCGCAAUAACAACAUCUACAACAUGAUAAGGAGUGCAGUUUUCUGUGGAGAUUGGCAAUCUUUAUUGUUUACCUGUCUCUAAAUUUAGUACAGAGUUUUGGAGACUAUUCGUAGUUAUUUUCAAUCAAAAUGUUUUAUUAUGAAGACACUAAUCUAAUAUGGCCCUAUAAUUGACUCAAAUGGCGUGGUUAAAAUAAAAUGUGGUAAUAAAAAUUGAUUUUAUACAAUGUAACUAAUAACUGUAUCUCUUUGACAGUAUCUAUAAUAAAUGCUAUAAACUGUAUAUCAAGAAAAAAAAAUUCGUGGAUGCUACUUGCCACACAUAGCGAGGUGUCUAACAGUAUACGUAAUAUUAAAUCAUUUUACGGUUUAGACUCACUUGUCUAAACCGUAAAAUGAUUUAAUAUUAGUAUGUCUCACAACAGUUUAAAUUCGAGUAUACGUAAUUGUGGUAGCAAUAUAUCAGUCGGAAGAAAAUACGAGAAUUCAAAGGUAUUCGUGGAUGAUGUAUGCCAGUAUGUUACCAAAUAUAUAGCGAGGCGUAUAGUAGUUUAAUGAACAGAUGUAUUAAACGUACAGAUGUAUAGUCCGACAAAAAAUUGAGCGCGCCACUUCCUACGUAACUGUCACAUUUUUGACGUAGUUAUUAAAUAUGGCAACAAUUUAGUAUGGAUUUUUUUUGUUCCAUUUUAUUUUAUUUCUACAAUUUUAUGUCGCACUAGUGCAUAAUUAUUUUCCAUCGUAUUUUCACGGAAACUCACGAACGUGUCUUGCUAUUUCAGUCAGUCUCGGUACAAGAAGUACUGAGGUUGACUGAAGUAGCAUGAUAAAUACGAACGUUUCCGAGAAAAUACGAUGGAAAACAAUUAUAUGCACUACAUCUGUACGUUAUUACGUACGUACGUACAAAGCUAAAUUUGUUUUAUACAAUGUAACUAAUAAUAUAUCUCUUCAACAGUAUCUAUAGGUAUAAAAGAUGCUAUAAAUGUUUUUUUUUCCUGAUAUAGACUAUAUAGAGCAUAAAAAAAGAAAAUAACUUUUGUACUCUAUGCCCAAUUUGUCCCGAGUUGCUAUUUCAGUGAAAUUUUAUACAUUGGUGUUAAGAUUUAAAAAUAAGAUUAUACAGGAGUUAAAAGUUUUCUGAUACAUAAUAUACAAGAUAUUUGUUUUGAUUAAAGUAAACUCAGAAUUUUUCCGACCGUUGUGACCCAUUUGUGUACUUAUUCAUUUCGUACUUUUCCCAUAAUUCUUGCCCUAUGAAAAAUCUCUGAUCUUUCCUUUUUACGCGGGUAACAAUGCUUCUGAAAAAUUACGGUUUUAGUUAUAACAUAGUUGUAGGUAUAGAUACCAAUGAAAAUGUAUUCCAAUGUUUGUAUUAAUACGAAUAUAAUAAAAGGAUGAUUGUUGUU